CUCCUCACAGAUAGACUCGGCUGAGAUGGACUGAGUGAGGGCGCUCUUUAGACCAGUGCUGCCGACAGCUUUGAAACACCUACAACAAGCUAGGCUGAAAUAACUGACGAUUUUAGGUCGCUGAAUAAACAAGACAAUUUACAGAAGCGUUAUCAGUCUUUCACAUCCCACUCCAAUCACACUAACACGGCAUUGAUGGUAAUGUAUGCAAGGAAACAACCGAGACUCGGCGAUGGGUGCGACCGAAGAGAUUCACAGCCCUAUCAGACUCUCAAAUACUCAUCCAAAAGCCAACCAGGAGGGGAUCACCGACAUGAAAAGAUGCGCGACUCCUCAGAUGUCACUCCUCCCUGCAAAAUGCUUAGGAGGUCUGACAGCCCUGAGAACAAACACGUCGACAGCACGGGGCACGGCAGAGCAAAGGCUGUCCACACACACCGGGCCAGAGACAGAGACGGAGGGACCAGUUAUUCUCCACAGGAAAAUUCUCACAACCACAGUUCCCAUCAUAGCUCCAACUCACAUUCAAACCCCAGCAAGACCUCAGACACACCUUACGAACCUGGUGACGACUGGUCGGAGCACAUCAGCUCGUCUGGAAAGAAAUACUAUUAUAACUGCAGGACAGAGGUGUCCCAGUGGGAGAAGCCCAAAGAAUGGCUGGAGAGAGAGCAGAGGCAAAAAGAGACGACAAAGACUGCAGUCGUCAACAGUUUCCCCAAAGACAGGGACUACAGACGGGAGGCAAUGCAAGCAUCGGCAGCCCCCGGCUUCACUGGUUCAAAGUCCACCCAGGUGGAGAAACCUGCAGCCACCCAGUCUCAGUCUUCGUCCUCAGGCUCAGGGAGCUUGAACCCUUCAUCAGGGCCUCCUGGAUCUUCGGCCUCCACGGUGCCCGUGUCCCCGGUCCUGCAGUCCCCCGCCCCUCCGCUACUCCAGGACCCCACUCUGCUGCGACAGCUUCUUCCAGCACUUCAGACUGCCCUGCAGCUCAACAAUGCCAGUGUGGACAUGGCGAAAAUCAACGAAGUUCUUACAGCUGCUGUCACACAAGCUUCAUUGCAGUCGAUGCUCCAUAAGAUCCUCACAGCUGGACCGUCGGCUUUCAAUAUCACUACUAUCCUCUCUCAAGCUGCUCAACUCUCCAACCAAGCAGCUCAGCAAUCGAACCAGUCGCCGAUGUCGUUAACAUCUGACGCCUCAUCGCCCAGGUCUUAUGUUUCCCCAAGGAUCAGCACGCCACAGACCAAUGCUGGCCCCCUCAAACCCCUCCUCAGCACGCAGCCCGCCAUCUCACAGCAAAAAGUGAGUACCCCAUCAGCGAAGCAGGCAUCUCAUCCCCAGCCCACAUCCCAACAGCCCCUCUCCAGCGAUAAGCAGCACAGUCACGAUGCCACAACCGCUUCUCCACGCACGCUCCAGCGCCAAGGCAGUCAGAGGAGUCCCUCUCCGGGUCCCAACCAUGUCGCCUCCAGCAGCAGCAACAACAACCACAACAACGCCCCCAACUCCACCUCCGCUCCCCCAUCUGCCUCUGCAGCCCGACCCUCCUGCACCUUCACCCCCACCCUCGCUGCUCACUUCAACGAGAAUCUCAUCAAACAUGUACAGGGGUGGCCGGCCGAACACGCGGAGAAGCAGGCAUCAAGACUACGUGAAGAGGCUCACACCAUGGGGAGCAUCUGUAUGUCUGAGAACUGCACCGAGCUCAAAAACCUGCGCUCUUUGGUCAGAGUCUGUGAAAUCCAAGCAACAUUACGUGAGCAGAGGAUACUAUUUCUCAGACAGCAAAUCAAAGAACUCGAAAAGUUGAAGAACCAGAAUUCUUUCAUGGUCUGAGAACUUCUGUUAGCUAGACGGAGCUGGAGUCUGAAAAAGGGGAGGAAGACCCAUUGCACAUAGUUUGGAAGCUGGAAGGAGAGCAGUUGUUUGGUUCCUCUUGAGCCCAGUCGAAACACACACACAGGAGCUGCAGACGGGUUUUGCUUUGGACCGUUUGGGCUGUGACAUCCGAGAGGGAAACAUGAGGAGCUGCUGAGGGGAGGAACAGGAGAAGAACGAGGGGGAGUUGGGGUGGUUUUACAAGACUCGGUUUUGUAAAAAAGAAAACCACAGCGGAAAAAAAUGUAGAUUUCUUGUAGAUGUUAUUAUCUAUGUUGUAAAUAUGUUUUGUAGAUUGAAGCCAUGGAAAGCCAUGCCUAUCAAAGCUUUUGACAUCCAAACUAAUCAACGCCUAGGCGGCUACGUUCAUUAGCUAGCCUUUCCUUCAUGUUAACUCAUCUGCAGACUUCAAGCUUCAUUUCGUUAGUUCAUAGAUCGUUGAACCGUUUGAGAGCGAGCGUGUGACCUGAGUGUGAAGGGAGGAGGAUGUUUGGAGUCGAUUAUUUACACAAAAACCUGUCAGAAAUCAUAACACACUGGUAGUUUUUCCCCUUCAGAAUGUGCUAAACUGAGUCUAGAUUCUUUUCCUGUAACCUUUACUCCAACAUCGGCUCUCUGCAGGUCCGUCAGCACUGCUCGCAGAGGUUCAGUGAUUUAUUUGCAGCUUCUGGUGGCCCUGCAUGUCCCAGUCUGAAGAAAAAAAACAGUGCCUGGUGGUGUGAUGGAGUGAGUGAUUGAGAUGAGAGAUGUGAUGGCGUGCUGCUUUGGACCAUUCCCACUACCCCUCUCCUAGCCUCGGCCCUGCCCUGCCACUCCCCGAGACUCCCAACACCUCACACCCUCAUGUUGUUUUUCUUUUGUUCCUCUUUUACCCUCCUGGUUCAUUCCUUUGUACAGUCGCUAAUAUACGGUGGAGUUUUAAGAAGAGGACGCAGAAUAAAAAAGGUUUUAUUUAUAAAGAGUUGUAGUGGUGAGCAGUAAAUCACAAUGAUAUCAAGGAUAUGAUGGUGGUACUGGGAUGUGUGUAUGUGGAUCACCUUUUUGUGUCAGAGCAGGGCGGCAGAGGUCACAAGCUCAAAUGUGAAAAUGUAUGUAUUGUAAUAAACAUGUUCAACUAAA